UAGCAUAAUUUAUUAAACACUACUUCCAUUUAUUACUGCAACAUCUCCACUUUAACUGCAACGUGACGCACGCAACUUGUGCCUAGUAAGCACCAAUUGUUAUUUAUAAGAUUAUGUUAGAUUUUGUACUGGGUUCACUUUUAAUUAUGGAUUAAACACAUCAAGACCAAUCAGUCUCUUUUACUCGUGCGUCGGCCUUUAUUAGAUGGCGACCUUGCCUAUCGAACCGAAGACGAUACAAGGCAAUUGUUCAAGACAAUCUGAAGAACGAAAAUAAUCAUGGGAAAAACUCAAUCAAAAGAAGAAGUAAUCAUUGCACAAAACGCGAAUGGAUCAGCUUCUGCCUCGACAAUCCAGCACCACACCCAGAAACUAGAAAUAAUCGAAAUCCUGAUUGGCGUAGCUGUAUUUCUAUUGAUGGUGGCCCUCAUCUACCACAUGAUUAAAAAGUGUAAUAAACACUUCGUCCGUACAAUUCAACGGGAGCUGAACCGAAACAACAUCGCGACCAUGUCCCGCACUGAACUAACCACCAGUGCCGUCUGAAGAAAGAAGGAUAAGCAAGAGGAGUCCAGGGUAUAGCCCGGCCCACUGGAGUCCAGGGUAUAGCCCGGCCCACCCAGCAGCAGCCAAGCAGCCAAGCAGCCACGUAGAUGUCCACCUCCAGCCGCCAGCCCGUGCGAGUGCGACGACCGAGGACCCCCCAACACGUGUUCCGGCCUACAUAACAACGUCAGCGACCGACCGAAGGUAUCGAAACUAACAUGAUACAUUAAUUUUCAGAUAUUUAAUUUAAUUUGUGUAAAGGUAGACUAUAUAGGCAUAAUGUUAUAGUAUGUCCCAGCAAUUAAAAGAAUUGCAUCAUAACAUUAAUUUAAUCAAAGAAUAUCUAGUUAAAAUUGGGCCUGAGCGCCGUAAGCAACAAAUAGCUUAUAAAAAAUUACAAGAGGCUAAUGACCAGUAUAGUAAACUCGAUAAUAUUUUAGUUCGGGUGAACCAAGAAAUUAAGGAGAAACAACUUGGUACGGAGUGCUGUGAAUUACUCCAUAAAUUAAUUAGUGACGUACAUAUAACUUAUCGUAAGAUAAAAGGUCUUCUAUCCAGUUUAGAUAGUUCUAGCCAAACUGAAGAUAUUGAACAUAGGAUACAGCAUAAAUUAUACAAAAUGGCCGAUUCUUUUGAUAUCAAAACUGCAAUUUCCCUAUUGCCUGUAAUGACCGGACAGGAACAAGUGACCAAUCAAUUAAUCGAUGGUAUUUUACUAUAUAGCUCACUUAUAAAUGAUAGUAGUAAAAAUACUUUGAUAGAUUUUGUUCUAAAAACGAGACUUUCAGCCAGUGCAAAACUGCGUCUGAAAAGUACCUACAGCAAUGUCCAAAGUCUGGUCGAUGACAUUCGAAAAUAUCUUUUGCCGAAAAAAUCAACAGUAGCGUUACAAACUCAGUUGUUUUCAACUACUCAAGGUCGAAGAUCAAUAGAGAAUUUUGGAACAGAAAUUGAGGAACUAUUUGUAAAUUUGACCAUAGCCCAGGCAGAUGGAGAUUCUACAAAAUAUGACGUACUUCGCCCCUUAAAUGAAAAAACCGCAAUAAAGCGGUUCUCAGACGGUCUUUCCGACCAACGGCUGAGUACCAUUAUUGCCUCGCGACAGUUCGAGUCACUUCCCGAUGCUAUUAGAGCAGCACUAGACGAACAAUCUAUGUGCAACCAGCACCAAAAUCAAUCAUUGCACUUCCAGGACCCUCGCCAUACAUCGGCUGUACCACAAAGUUAUUAUAAUAAUAGAGGUUUUCGUGGCCGAGGUAACUAUCAUAACACAAAAUACAAUAAAUUUAAUAAUUCACAAGACAAUAAGCCAGGUCAAAGAACUUUCUACCGAAAUGUAGGUCGAGGCAAUAGGUACACAAACAGCUGGCGUGGCCAGGCGCAGGGCGCACGCGGCGACCACUCGCGAUUUCAGCGAGUUCAGCACAACGACUCCGAUGACGUGCCAAAUUCCGAAGAAGUAGAAUUUUUUCGUGACCAAACAGAAUAAAACACAUUCAAUUUUAAGUUUUAAUAAUUUUUUUGAAAUUAGAUGUGGGCUAAAUUCAGAUGAUGAAUUAAAAUUAUUAGUCGAUAGUGGAGCGAGUCUAUGUGUACUAAAAUAUGAAUGGUUAUUAAACAACCAGCACUUAUUAAAUUUAAUUCAAC